GGGCGGUCCUGUGCAGGAAAGUAUGGAUCAUCAAAUGUGGAGUUUCGGUGAAGAGGAUAGGUACUUCACUGCGGCUAUAAAUUAUCGAGAUAUUUGUGUAAAUAAUAACGUAAUAGGUAUGUUUUAAGUUACGGUUUUUAUUUGUUAAACGCUGCACUUACACGAAGUUAGUCAGGUGUGUUUUUGACAAAUUAAGUCGUGAAAGUUAUCAAUACCUUCAUGGCUUUGAUAGCGACUGACCAGAGCUGCAAACCGAACGGAACUUCGGUUAUUUAUAACAGAGUUGGGGCGAGAAAAGACGUAAUCCAAGUCCCUUUGGACGGGAUUCAAACGAGCCAAAUGCAACCUAAAGAGACCGAUUAUUCAACAGACGGGCUGCCCAAAGCUUUCCUGCACAGUUUAAGGACUCUUUUUGACAUUUUGGACGACAGUGGACGAGGCUAUGUGCACAUCUCGGAGAUUGAGAGUCGCUGGCAGGGUGCAGACACCAGAGACCUGCCAGGCGGAGUGCUGGGCUGCCUCAGGAGGGUCACCCCACCGCACGGCUGUCUCACGUUUGAGCGGUUCGUGGCCGGGCUGCGGUACUCCAUGCUCAACCCGGAGAACAGCUCCCACUUCAAGGCCCAGGCUGCCGUGCACCCUCUGCUGCAGAAACCAGCCGCCCUGGUCGUACAUCGAGCCGAGAACAAGGUCCGUCCGCUGGGACCGAGCAACGUGACGAACACCCAGCAGCAGCACCGGGGGUCCUCCGUCCGGGCCAGGCCGGAGGAAGGAUAUCCCGCGUGUGGACAGAUGCGGUACGGCGCGGGCUUCCAGAGAUCCGGGCGGAGUUUGGAGCGAAUGCCCGCAGCUCCGGAGGAUGGGGGUUACCGGGCCGACCCGGUCCAUCAUGGCACCAAAGCAGCACAGCCUCAGCAAAGCAGGAUCAGGGCCAUGGAGUCUCUGGCCCUGGAGUCCCCACAGCUCCCUCAGGAUCCAUGCGUUGUGAAACCAGGUUUGCCAAGAUCUCAGAGUGAAUCAGCAACAGGGUUUAAUGGUGGAUCCAGAAGACAUGGGCGGAGUCGGGAGGAGCAGAGGAGGCAUACCAUUUCCAACGGGGUGGAUUACGAAAUGCUGAAGCAAAUGAAAGAGCUGGAGCAGGAGAAGGAUUCCCUGCUGGCAGGCCUGGAGGUGGUGGAGCGGGCCCGGGACUGGUACCAGGGCCAAAUCCACAAUGUCACAGAGAGACAGCGACAGGUCGGACAAAGUCCUCACUGUACAGACUUUAUCACAGACGCUAGCCAGAGUCGCAUGAAUGUUCUUAUUCCCAAACUCCAAGAUGUCAACCGCUGCCUUAAUGACCUGAUUUCCUGCCCUGGAAUGCCGUCAUUUCCUUCAGGUGGUGCUCAGACUGCAGUUCUGUCCACUAACUCCCCGUCUUCAGCCCCAGCCCCCCCCCAGGCCAUCCAGAGACUGAAGGACCAGAACCGACUUCUCACUCAGGAGGUGACAGAGAAGAGUGAGCGGAUCACUCAGCUGGAGCAGGAGAAGUCAGCCUUAAUAAAGCAGCUGUUUGAAGCUCGCGCUCGCAGCGCUCAGGACACCAGCGCCUUGGAUUCCACUUUUAUCUGAAAGCAGCUUUACUCCACCUGAACUCACAAUCAUCAGCACCAAGUAUCAUAGGAAUUAUGACAUCACCUCAGUGUAUCUGUGCUGGUGUGGAGGAGAACCGAAGAAGUCUUCUGUUUACCUGACUGAACUUUUAUGGCAGCAAUGCACUUUUAGUUGUAAGGCACACCCUCAACUGCAGCAUGAGACCACUCCAUCACAAGUAAAACGGUGCACUACCUGCUUGUCACUCCUGACCUGAGUGACCCAAAUGGAAAGCUUUUUUUUUGAUUUUUUGUUUUUUUCCUCUGCUGUCAGGUUUCCUGCAGAAACACUCCCACUGAGCUGAAAAACUGAAGCACUCUUAAAAUCAGGCAGGUCUCAUGAUUCCAAUCAUUCCAUUUCUUGCUGGGUAAGACCUGCUCUCCCUCUCCUGAAGGACUUACUUGUACUCUUGCUGCACAAAGAACAGAACAUGAGUUAACAGUGAGAGGUAGUUUGUUUGUGUUGGAAUGAAAUGCCAUACUUCUGCAAAUGAAAACAAAUCAUCUGCACCCACUUGCUGUGACCUAUCAGAUACUUCUUAGUUUGGUACUUUUAUCUUUUAGACUUACUCUUCCCUUUCUCUUGAUGUAUAAUUGUUUUGUUUUUUUUAGUUUUUGCAGUGUCUUUUUCACUAAGGAAAUACUAAAAUGGUUGUCUGUAUUUUAUAUUAGCCUGUUUCAUAUUGAGACCUUCUUUAGUUGUUUUCACAUUUAAACUGUGGACAGUUUCCAAUGAAUCAUUUAAAAGAACAAAUAAUUAUCUGUAAUGAUAAAAGCUAUUGCCUUGAUCAAUGUGUUAAUGUGUUCACAGUACUGAUGAACAGAAAAACAUCAGUAUUUCUGUGGAUUCUCUGGACAAUAACCUGCUCUUGGAACUCGGUUCAACUCCUGAGGAAGUUUGGCCCAAAAACGUGGACAAAAACAUUUUUGCUUAGGCCCCAUUGGUAGCUGUAGUUGUGAACUUUCUGGGCUGCAGUGCACACUUUAAAAACGUCUCAAACGUGAAACAAAAGGAACCUUAAAAGAUGUGAGGGGAAAGAGAGAUGGACUGGAGAAAUCUGGAAGUUUGCAUGUUGAAGAAAGCUGUGAAGAAAGAUUGAUGGAGAUGUGAGAUGAAACGAAGACGAUUUAAAAAAAAUCCCGUUUCUCCAGCUGGUACCACGAAUCCUGGCUUCAGGGUUAAAACUCAAACUAUUUUCCACAGAGGAGAUUUAAGUUGGAGAUACGACGGUGGCUCAAAUAGGAAAACUUGUGUAAUCUCCAUUUUAAGUUUUGUUUUGCCUGAAUCCUCCUGGACACACAUGCUUAUCGACCUUUAAAAACCACAAAGCCAUCCACGAGUUUACAGAUGUUUAGUUGGUGGGUGGCGGUAAAAGGAAAAUAGUAGGUUUGUGUCUUUAUGGUACUGUUGGAAUGAAACUGUGGUACUGAAACUUCAGUGGAAAAGUCAAAACAAAAAGCAGUUAAAUAAAGUGAAUUUGGUCAUA